GCGGUGGCGAGCACCAGCGUGUGCACGGUGGUGGCGGGCAUGGUGCUGGCCCAGUACAUAUUCACCUUGAAGAGAAACACGAGCCACAAGACCAAGAUCAUUGAGAUGAUGCCAGAAUUCCAGAAUAGCUCAGUUCGCAUCAAGAACCCUACAAGAGUAGAAGAAAUUAUCUGUGGUCUCAUUAAAGGAGGAGCUGCCAAACUCCAGAUAAUAAUAGACUUUGAUAUGACACUAAGUAGGUUUUCUUACAAUGGAAAAAGAUGCCCAACAUAUCAUAAUAUCAUUGACAACUGUAAACUUGUUACAGACAAAUGUUGUAGAAAGUUAUUGCAGCUGAAAGAGUGGUAUUGCACUAUUGAAGUUGAUCCUUACCUCACUGUGGAAGAGAAGUUCACUUACAUGGUAGAGUGGUAUACUAAACCACAUGGUUUGCUUGUUGAACAAGGCAUACCAAAAAUCAAACUUAAAGAGAUUGUGGCAGACUCUGAUGUCAUGCUCAAGGAAGGAUAUGAGAAUUUCUUUGGUAAACUUCAACAGCACAGCAUCCCUGUGUUCAUAUUUUCGGCUGUUAUCGGUGACGUGCUUGAAGAAGUUAUACAUCAAGCUGGAGUUUAUCAUUCAAAUGUCAAAGUAGUAUCCAACUUCAUGGAUUUUGAUGAAAAUGGAGUGCUGAAAGGAUUCAAAGGAGAACUAAUUCAUGUGUUCAACAAACACGAUGGUGCCUUGAAGAAUACAGACUAUUUCAGCCAGCUGAAAAACAACAGCAACAUCAUUCUUCUGGGGGACUCCCAGGGAGACUUGAGGAUGGCAGAUGGCAUAGCCAACGUUGAACACAUUCUGAAAAUUGGAUAUCUGAAUGACAGAGUAGAUGAGCUUUUAGAAAAAUGCAUGGACUCUUAUGAUAUUGUUUUAGGAAAAGAAGAAUCACUGGAGGUCUUCAAUUGA